CUGCCCCUUUUAGUCAUUUACAUUUAGAUUAGGUGUUGAUUUUCUCCAUGGGUCACUCUCUUUGUUCAAAUCUCUCUCUUUGGUCUACUAGUUUCGUUACCUCUGCCGUGUGACCAUGUCUUAAUUGUAGCUAGGUGUAAACAUGCCCCUAACUAACAUCCACCAAUUUUGUUUUUAUGGCAUUAUUAUACUGUUGACCUUUUAAGAGUUAAGACUAUUAAGAGAUACAUAAAUUGAUCCAUUGUUAAUCUUCACUACCUGUACUUUAAAGAAGAGAAAUCCAUGUCUGCCAUGGGUUCCUUAUCGAGCUUGCCAUUCUACCUUCUAUGUUGCCUUCAUGUUUUCUGGCUUCUACUUCUACCUUCCCAUUCAGCUGACCCCGCUCCAUUACAGGACUUCUGUGUAGCAAACGUGACUGCCUCUAUAUCUGUUAAUGGUUUCCCUUGCAAACCAGCAUCCGAAGUAACUUCGGAUGACUUUUUCUUUGACGGUUUCACCAAGGAAGGUAACACAACAAGUAUCUUCGCAUCCGCCCUCACACCUGGAAAUGUCCUCACAUUCCCAGGGCUGAAUACUCUCGGAAUUUCGAUGAACCGCGUAGACUUUGCCCCUGGUGGACUCAAUCCGCCUCAUUUGCACCCUCGUGCAAGCGAGACGGGUGUGGUGAUUAAAGGGAAGCUCCUGGUAGGUUUUGUGACAAGUAACAAUGUUUUUUACUCCAAAGUCUUGACUGCCGGGCAGAUGUUUGUCAUCCCUCAGGGACUUGUGCAUUUCCAACUUAAUGUUGGAGAAGGAAAGGCACUGGCUUUCACGGCUUUCAACAGCCACUUGCCCGGUGCUGUGGUCGUUCCCAUAAAUCUCUUUGCUUCUUCGAUACCAAAUGAAGUCUUGACCAAGACCUUCCAAGUGGAUGCGGGUGUUGUCAAUACCAUAAAAUCCAAGUUCAAAUCGUAAGAAAUUGGAAGAUCCUGCCCUGCCACUUGAAUUUGCCUAGUUAUGUAUCUGUUACCAUAUGCCAUUUAUCUGUCAUUUAUUUUCUGUUUUUUCUUUUUAUUAUUUUUUGUUAUGUUUUUCUAUAGUGAUGAUUGAAUGAGUCAAUGAAACUGAAACAUGUUAAAGUACAAAUAUUAAAAAUCCAAAAUUUA